GACUUGACGUGUCAGUUGCUGAGCGGUCUGGAUUUCCUGCACACCCACAUGGUAAUUCAUCGGGAUCUGAAGCCGGAGAACAUUCUGAUCAGCAGCCGGGGACAGAUUAAAGUGGCGGACUUCGGCCUGGCGCGCCUCUACAUCUUCAACAUGGCGCUGACGCCCAAAGUCGUCACAUUGUGGUACAGAGCUCCGGAGGUGCUGCUUUACUCCAGCUACCUCUCAUCUGUGGAUAUGUGGAGCGCUGGCUGUAUAUUUGCUGAGCUGCACCUGCUCAGGUAAGAGAGAGCUGCAUCCAGGCUUUUUGCGCUACAUUUGAGUUGAUAG